AUGGGUAUGUCAUCUGCCAGUGUGGUUAUAAACGAUGCAGUGAAACUAUGCGUGUUUGAUUUGAGAAGGGGACAAAAUGAAGGGCAGGAGCUCGACAAGAUCUUGUUUUUCUACCCUGCUGAUUUGCCCUUUUCGACUCAACUUUCCGUCAUCGGCCUCAGUGAAGGAUUGAUCACGUUCACGAGAAUAUUCUCUCCGGAGGCAGCAUGUGAAGUCAUUGAAGCUGAGAUGCACUCACAUGUGUUUUAUGAGGCUGAGCCUGAUAUCUGGAUGGUCAUGGUAGUAGAGAAAGGUAAAGAAUCAGAAGCUAUAUGGCGGACUGAUGCACUACGAGCAUUCCUUAAGGAAGUGCAUUCUCUUUUUGUGAUGUUUCAUGGAUCUAUAAGAGCAUUGCUUGAUAAGGAGCCUGCUGGAGGGCUUAUCAGGAGUCAUCUCUGUUACUUCAUCAUGGACUAUUUGAGUGAUUUCCUUACUGCAAAGAAACUUCAGCUCCCUAAUUUCCGUGAGUCUCUGAGAGAGCGAGGAACCAUGCAGAUAUUGACUAUGGGACGAGAGGCUGCCCUUGAAGUUCAGUCACUUGUGAAGGCAUUGGAAUCGUGUGCUGGGAGCGCGUCAUGUUACUCAUUAAUCAUGUUCCAGGACUUGCUAGUAUCCUCCACUCUCUCUCCGGAUGACACUGUAAAUCUGUAUACUUAUGCCGUUCUAAGACUCUCCCCACGUGCUUUAUCUUCUGGAGUGAGUUCCUGGUCUUAUCUGCGCAAAGGAAAUGCCUCUUCUAAUGUUUCUUAUGGGCCUUUACUACGAAAUCCGGAGUCUAUUCUGGAUCAGCGAAAUGGCUCGCGAGAAACUUCUUUGGGAGAUCGUGGUGAUAAUUUGGUAAGGCCCUUAAAAAUCGAAAAGUGGUCCAGAGGCAAGGACGGUUUUCUUGUUGCUGAUCACUGGGGUGCUCCUGCUGAUAGAUCGGCUCACAACAAACCAACAAUUUGGCUUCAUCAAACUGAAGAGAAAAUGUAUUUGUGUGCUUACCAGCAUAGGAGCCUCACUUUAAUAUAUUUGAUUCCGGCUACAUCAAUUCUUGAUGAGGAGCAAGGGAUCUCUUUGCUGAAGCAGCAAAUUCUUAAUGAGCUGUCACUUAAGAUUAUCAAAGUUGAAGAGAAACUAUCAAGUGGAUGGGGUGGUGAGAAUGCGUAUCAUGUCCCUGGGUAUCGCUACUUGCUUAUUGAUGGGGAUAGAUCUAUAUCUCGAGCUUCUCCACCUGGAAAAGUAACAACCCUGAUGAAGGAAUCUUUAAUUGCUAUGAGCAAGCUUAGAGAAGAGGUUGACUCGGAGAAGAGUAGGGUUAAAUGGGAUGGUGUAGGGAAUGAGAAAGAUAUGGAGGUAUGCAUCAGGGCUAAAAACAAUGCUUGGGUGAUUGCUCGGACCACAAAGGGAAAGGAGCUUUACAUGGUUCUUGAGAAAGCCAAUGAGACACUUCUUUAUGCUUCGGAUGCUGUAGAGAAGUUCAGUGACAGGUAUUGCCAUGGGGCUUUUUCUCUGGACUAGAAAGAUGGCAAAUCUGUUGCAACAAUUAUAUACUGUAUGCAUUAGCCCAGGUUGGAACGCAAAAGAACCAUUCUGCUCCUCAAUCAAUAGAAAGGUGUCAACAUGCAAUUAAAGAAUGCGAUCGGACCCGCUUUCUAUCCAAAAGUGCCUCAAUUUGGUUUAUUUAAUAGAUAAUAAAAUUCACGAAAAUGAGGUCUUCCGUAAAUGUGGUACAGACGCCUUCCCCCUUACAAUCUGGAAAUCAUGUGGAGCAUAAUUCAUCGUAUUCUUUUGACAAGAAUAGUUUGUUGCGUUGAUUGAGCUCAAGUAUUAGUAUAUUGUGUAUUAUAAUCUCAAAAGAUUAGAAGUCCAAGU